AUGUCGCCCGCAUCACGAGCGUCUCUUCGCGCUUCGUGCUCUCCUCCCCCGAGGCGCGAAGUAUUUUGCCUUGAAGAACACGCUAGGGAGCUAAGAGAUAGACUGGAACGCCUCGAAGCCAAAGAUGUCCCCAAACGCGACGCCAACUUCAAGGCAUACUCGGCUACCUUCAACGAGAGGAUCCAGGCGCUGGCGGCCCAGCGUGAUGAGCCGAUGGAAAAGGUCGAGGAUAUCCUUGAUGAUCCGUUUACCGGAGAGAAAACCGUAAAACCCACCGGCCCGCCGCCCACCUACGACCGUCUCGUCGGCGCGCCCAUCACCCCCUCCCGACCACGAGGUCCGCCGCGAGGCGUUCCCAAACCGGAUCGGUAUAUACGCACAGCGCUCACUGUACCUGCGCCGUUCCAGCCCAAGCCCGCUUCUCUUGUUGGACAGCCUGCCCCCCCGCGGCGUCUUCCUACGCCGGCGCAGUUUCGACCUCCUGUUGGCCCGCCCACCUACAACAACGGCGGCAGCACCACCGCGGCGAACAACACCACAAGCAACAACGCCAUGUACGGUUCCUCCCGACGACCAGCGCCGACACAACCACUCCCUGGAUUCGCCCAUCGCAGCGACCCUUUCGUCUCGCGGGCCACGCUCCCGCCUCCUUCAUCGGCCCAGACCAGCCUCCCACCACGUAGGCCAUCUGGGAUUGCCGGAGUGGUCCAGAAACAACAACAACAACAACAACACCAACGAACCGGCCAAGUAGCGGCGACGGCCCGGCCACCGGUGGCUCGCCCUCGGGGUAUGGGACUGGGACUCAGCAGCGCGGCUGAGCGGCACUGUCGGGAGGCGGCUGCUGCUGCGUUGAGGGCUCGUGGGAGGGUUGUUCCGCCGGGGCUGGUUGGUUCUGAUGCGACGCUUGGUCGGGAGUGUCGGGCGCUGGGUCGGAUUCAGAGCCAAACCCAGAUCCAGACCCAUACCCAGGCCCAGAGUCAGGGUCAGAAGUAUCCGCCCUCAUCGUCAUUGUCGGGUAGUUUCCCCGGCUACCUCUCGUUCAAGACUCCAGCAGCAGGACCAGCAACAGGAAGACUAACAGGACCGACAACAACCCGUCCCACGUCAACGGCCUCCCGCACCCCGCUGCGUCGACCACCUUCUCCUCGACCGCCUCAUCUCGGAAGUGGACUGGCUGAUGAUGUCCAGUCCGAUCGGCUCAUCUCCCGGUUGAUUGCGCGGCGGGCAGAGGCCAACAGACGGCGGAAUGAAGAGUUGGAGCAGGGGGAGCAGGCGGAGCGGUCGGGUGGUGUGCCGGUUGUGAGGAGGCCAAGAGCGUCGUUUGCUGAGGAUGGCGCUAAUCUUCCUCCUCUGGGUCAUGCUCGCAACGCUCCUCACAGGCCAGUAGCACCUGGGUCAGAAAACCCUUCGACACUAGUUCCCAACCGAGCCAACCCAGCCCCAGCACCUCCAGCCGCCAGACCAACCGCCAGACCACCCCACAAACCAACACCUCAACCAGCCCUAAAACCAGCCCUAAAACCAGCCCUAAAACCAGCCGAGCCCACCUUCACAACAGCCCCCAUAAUAACCGGUCCCUUCCCCCUCCUCCCAAGCCAACCCAUAAAACUCCUCUUCGAAGAAAACAACAUGCACGCCGGCGCGCCCAACGGUGGUAGAGGGCCCAACAGUGGUGGAGGACCAGCCUGGGUAGCGUUACCAUGGGAUGUGACGAGGAUGCGACGGUUUGUACAGCGACUGGAGGGGGAGGAUGAGGAGGGGAUGAGGGGGAGGGGGUCGCCUGUCGCUUUUGGAGGGGGAAUGAGGGGGAGGGGGAGAAGGGGGGGUAUUGGUAAGCCUAGGUAG